AUUCCGUUGGUGGCGAGUGAGCGAUCUCUAUAUAAAGCCGAGAUCCCCCAACUCGGAGAGCUCAGCUCAUCACACUUGCAGUUGCAGUGGUGGUAGACUGGUAGUGCAUUCUCAGCUUAAUUUGCUUGAGCUAGUAGCUGCUCGUGAGCUGUGCACCAAUGGCGUCGUCCAGGGCGUCGGCUUCCUGUGCCCUCUUCCUCGCCCUCAACCUCCUCCUCUUCGCCAUCACCACCGCCUGCCCGUCCUGCGGCAGCGGCGGCGGCGGCGGCCAUGGCCAUUACGGUGGCGGCGGCAGCAGCGGCGGAGGCGGCGGCUACGGAGGAGGCAGCGGCGGCUACGGAGGAGGCGGCAGCAGCGGCGGCGGAUACGGCGGCGGCGGGGGGUCGUCGACGAGCGGGUGGUACGGGAAGUGCCCGACGGACGCGCUGAAGCUGGGGGUGUGCGCGAACGUGCUGGACCUGAUAAAGGCGAAGGCGGGGGUGCCGGCGACGGAGCCGUGCUGCCCGCUGCUGAACGGGCUGGUGGACCUGGAGGCGGCGGUGUGCCUGUGCACGGCCAUCAAGGCCAACGUGCUGGGCAUCAACCUCAACCUCCCCAUCCACCUCAGCCUCAUCCUCAACUUCUGCGGCAAGGGCGUCCCCACCGGCUUCAUGUGCUCUUAAUCUCUCUUUUCAUCCACAUUUCGCAUUAAUUAAUUACCAUGCAUUUUACCUAUUACAAUCUUCUAAUUUGGGAGUCAUUUAGUUAAUAAGCUAGUGUCGUCGUUGUUGCGUGCCAAGGUUUUAGGUUAGUUGUGUGUUGAUUGCUAGCUAAUGUCCUACUAGCAUUGAGUUGUAGGUACCAGUUUGAUUGCUUUCCUUUGAUGCGUAUUUGUUCGCUCGCUGGGUAAUUGUCACCAGUUUGUGUGUGUUGUAAUGUCUUGUUUUAGUUUCACUGUUUCGGAUUCAAAUUUAAGAUGGAACCUGAACAAUCCAGGUUUUUGAAAA